AUGAAGUCGCCAAACUCAUGGAUAUGGGUGUUCAAGAAAAGGAAUGCUUUCUCUGAUGGAGGAAAAUGCGGAUUGAAGAUGAAGCAGCUGUCGUUUAUGGGAGUUGUAUGUACAGUAAUGCUGUUCAUUGUGUAUAGAACCACCAACUACCAAUAUCAAGCUUAUCGGCAGACAGAGAUGGACGCAAAAUGGAAUCCCUUUGACACAGUAAAGGAUAUUUUUGUGACUUCCAAAAAGUUGGACAGUUUACCUCGUGGCAUAAUACAAGCUAGGUCAGAUUUAGAGCUAAGGCCUUUAUGGUUGACAAGUGGGUCAAGGUUAAAGGUUGGUGAUUAUAGCCAUCGUAACUUGCUGGCUAUUCCGGUUGGUAUUAAGCAAAAGGAUAGUGUUGAUGCUAUCGUGGAAAAGUUUCUUCCAGAAAACUUUACCAUCAUUCUAUUCCAUUAUGAUGGGAAUGUUGAUGGAUGGUGGGAUCUUGAGUGGAGUAGCGAUGCCAUACACAUAGUUGCCCAGAACCAAACAAAGUGGUGGUUUGCCAAACGCUUUCUACAUCCAGAUAUUGUGUCCAUUUAUGAUUACGUGUUUCUUUGGGAUGAAGAUUUGGGGGUUGAGAAUUUUCAUCCAGGAAGAUACCUUGAAAUUGUUAGAGAAGCAGGACUGGAGAUAUCUCAGCCAGCUUUGCAUCCAAAUUCAACAGAUAUACAUCAUAGAAUUACAAUUCGUGCUAGAAAAAAGAAGUUCCAUAGAAGAGUUUAUGACAUCAGAGGCAGUGUGAAGUGUACAGAAGCAAGUCAGACACCACCAUGCACUGGGUUUGUGGAAGGUAUGGCUCCGGUUUUUUCAAGAGCUGCCUGGCAUUGUACUUGGCAUCUUAUACAGAAUGAUCUUGUACAUGGAUGGGGUCUGGACAUGAAACUUGGAUAUUGUGCACAGGGAGACCGUACAACGAAGGUGGGAGUUGUUGAUAGUGAAUAUAUUGUUCAUAAGGGCAUACAAACUUUGGGAGAUGGUGGUUUGUCUGCAAGAAAGGUUUCCAGUCGUGGGAAGACAAGCAAGAAGAAACGUGGUGCUUCAGGUUUUGAUGUGCGAACUGAGAUUAGGAGGCAAUCAACGCGGGAGUUUUCAAUCUUCAAAGAGCGAUGGAAUAAUGCUGUAGAUGAGGACAUGAACUGGACCGAUCCAUUUAAAAGUAGCAUAAGACGCCGGCGCAAACGAAACACCCAUUUGAGCUCUUAA